AUGUCAACACUUGAAAAAGAUGAAUUUAUUAGUUUGAUAGAGUUUUAUAAUGAUGAUUUGGUAGAUAACAAUAAAGAUAUUUUGAUAUCUGAGUUAAAACUUUGGCAACGUAAAAUACUUGCAUUAGAUAAACAACCUAAAAAUGCUAUGGAUGCUUUAAUUAUCUGCAAUGACAUGUAUCCAAAUAUAUACAAAUUACUACAGAUAUUAGCAACACUACCUGUUUCAACAGCUUCAUCCGAAAGGUCUUUUUCGUCAUUGAAGAGAAUUAAAACGUACCUAAGGAAUACAAUGUCAGAGAAAAGAUUAAAUGGAUUGGCAAUGCUGUCUAUUAAUCGUUUAAUAUCAGUGGAUGCAAAGGAAGUGUUGGACGAAUUAUCUACAAGCAAACGACGGGUGGAUUUUAUUUUAUGA